CUCGAGUUAUUAGAAUAAAUCGGUUCCGGAAAAAAUCAAAACUUGGACACUUGAGCCUCUGACAUUUUAGUGGAGAGAAAACUGAUUUUGGUACACAUUGUCAGCUGUUAAUUCGGCUUGCAGAUGCUGCUGCUCUAAAUUCUCUUACCCUAAGCCGAAAUUAGUUGGUGCGCUGGUGCCAACGAAUGAUAGCGAAUCAUAUGAGCCCACAUUUCUCUACCCAAUAAAUUGAGACAAUUUAACAACUGCAUGCCUGCCACUGUCAUCCCAAAAUAAGGAAUUGGAGAGGGUGGCCCUUGAAUUUGAAGUAUAUUAAUUACUAAGUACUUGACUACUAUUUAAAUUUGAAGUAUAUUAACUAAUUAACCAUGUACUUAGAGCAUCUCCAUCCCUAAAUCGUAAAUGGUUCUUGAUAUAUGGUGGGUAGGGGUGGGCAAUGGGUUGGUCCAUAUCGGACUAAAUCGAUGUUUGUACCGGACCACACCGAAUCGGAUGUAAUAUGGUUCGGUCCUUGGUCCUAUUAAUUUUUAAAAUACCGAAGAAAAAUGGACCGAAUUUAUAUUUGGACCGGUCCACAGCGGACAGAAUGCACUAUUGAUCCGGUCCUUGUUCCUAAAAUAUCUUGCACUAUUGGACCGCUUCUCCUGAGCUUGGUCCAGUCCGGACCGGACUGCCCACCCCCUAAUAGUGGGUAAAAAAUAACCAGCCAACUGUAUUUUCGGCUAAUUAUGUUUGGUUAAGAAUUAAUUAUCAACCAUUUAUUGGCCGCUAACUCCACAUGUUUAGGUAGGGUGGCAUUUGCAUAUAUAUAUAUAUUUUCUGAUUCUUUCAUACACAUUAGGAGCUUAGCACAAUGGUGUUUUGGGAAGGUUAUGUGAGUGACGAGACAAUGGCGACCUUUGCUCCCAUUGUGGUUUACUGGCUCUACGCUGGCCUCUACCAGAUAAUGUUGCCUUCAAAGCUUCUGAGCAAAUAUCGACUGCAUACAAGGGAAGAAGAAGAGAGGAAGAACUUGGUGCCAUUGUCAACUGUGAUCAAGAGAGUUCUGAUUCUUCAGUCUUUGCAGAUAGCAACCGCCCAUUUCUACUUCUCGAUAACGUCAACUGACUUCACAUCACCAAAGACCAUCCAACAUUCCAUUCCGAUUCAGAUCCUGCAAAUCGUCGUAGCAAUGUUCGUGAUGGACACAUGGCAGUACUUCGGCCAUCGAUACAUGCACCACAACAAGUUCUUAUACCGCCACGUACAUUCCCACCACCACAGGCUAGUUGUGCCUCAGGCUGUCGGAGCCAUGUACAAUCACCCGCUCGAGGCUCUCCUGCUCGACAUGGGAGGAGGUGUUGCCUCUCUGUUAGUCUCUGGAAUGACUCCGAGAACAGAGGCGAUUUUCCUCUGCCUUGCUUCGAUAAAAGGUGUGGAUGAUCAUUGUGGAGUUUGGUUCCCUCCGCACAGUGUUUUCCAUUUGGUAUUUGCCAACCGUUCUGCCUAUCACGACGUUCAUCAUCAAUCUCGUGGCGGAAAGUACAACUUUUCGCAACCCUUCUUUUCCUUCUGGGACAGGCUCAUGGGGACUCACAUGCCAUAUGUUGUCUUGGAGCGCCCUGGAGGAGGCUAUGAAGCAAAGAUGGUGAAGAAAAGAGUAGAAGUGACGAGACAGUGAAUUUUGUUGGUUGUCUUAACAUGAACAAUUGUUAUUGUUUAGAAGAGAGCAUGUGAGUUCAAAUAGUGUAUUGAAAUGCCACAGGAAAGCAACUCCACAUCUCAUGGUUCAAGCUCUCCAGAAACUCGUCAUAUUUUACAGAGUCCAAAAGGACACCAGAAAGCUGCAAUCACUAAUAUACAACAUGAUGGCACAAUGACAGGACAUCAGCCAAUAUCUUCCACAACAAAUUUACCAUUACCCAACUCGCCCCUAUAUGUCAUAAA